CUGCGCCCGCUCUGCUCUCUCCCUCUCGCUUUCGCCGAAACCUGAGCUCCUAAAAAGCGAAGCCCCAAUCCCUCGAUCGAAACCCCCCCUCUCUUCCACAAAACCCUACCUUUCUGCGCGACGCCCGACCCGUGUUUUCCCCCAAUCGCGUCUCGUUGGCUCAGAUCUCGCUCCAUUUGUGAUCUCGCUGCCGACCGCUGUUGCCUCAGCCUCAUUGUACCUUAGAUUGACCCCCAUUUGAGCUCCUAACGUCGGAUCUAGGCCGCCUCGGGCCAUGGCGAGAGCGUGUUUCUUGAUCUCUUUGGUCGUCGCGAGCUGCUUGGUGUGGAAAGCCCACUCGUUCGCGCUCUCCGCGAAACUCGUCCACAGGUUCUCUGAUGAGGCGCGGGCCGCGGCGGCGUCCCGCAUCGGCGGAGGAGGCGGGGAGCGGUGGCCGACGCGGCGAAGCAAGGAGUACUACCAGAUGCUGGCGAGGAGCGAUCUCCUGCGGCGGAAGCGGCGGCUUGGUGCCCGGUACCAGAUGUUGUUCCCCUCCGAGGGGAGCGAGACGUUGUCGCUUGGAAAUGACUUCGGAUGGUUACACUACACAUGGAUCAAUAUAGGAACUCCUAAUGUUUCCUUUCUUGUCGCUUUGGAUGCUGGAAGUGACCUGCUUUGGAUCCCAUGUGAUUGCAUACAAUGUGCUCCUUUGUCUGGUUAUCAUGGCAGUUUGGAUAAAAAUCUCAGCAUGUAUAGUCCGGCUGAAUCGAGAACCAGCAGAUAUCUCUCAUGCAAUCAUGAACUAUGUAGUUUGGGUUCAACCUGUGGCAGUGCAAAACAGCCUUGCCCUUACAGGAUAAACUACUAUUCAGAAAAUACAUCCAGUUCAGGUUUGUUGGUUGAGGAUAUAUUACACUUGGCAACUAGUGAGGAUCACGCAUCAGUGCAGGCUUCGGUCAUCAUAGGAUGUGGUAGAAAGCAGAGUGGUGAUUAUUUGGAUGGAAUUGCUCCUGAUGGUCUUCUGGGUUUGGGAUUUGGAGACAUUUCGGUUCCAAGCUCCCUUGCAAGAACUGGACUGAUACGAAACUCUUUUUCCUUGUGCUUCCGGGAUGAUGACUCUGGAAGAAUUCUAUUUGGAGAUCGAGGCUUGCCCACCCAACAGUCUACACCAUUUGUUCCCUUGGAUGGAAAAUACGACACUUAUCUCAUUGCGGUGGAGAGUUUCUGUAUGGGAUCUUCAUGUCCUGGGAAAACCAGCUUUCAUGCACUAAUUGACAGUGGAUCAUCCUUCACCUUUCUUCCUAACAACAUCUAUAAGAGAGUCACUCUGGAGUUCGACAGACAAGUUAAUGUCUCAAAGCGUGCCACUAAUAAUGAAUCUCCUUGGGAAUACUGUUAUGAAGCCAGCCCUCUUGGGAUGCCUGGUCUGCCAAAAGUAAAACUAAUAUUUGGUGGAAACAAGAGCUUCAUGGUUAUCAAUCCUAUUUAUCCUUUCUAUAAUACAGAGGGAGAACUUGCUGUGUUUUGCUUAGCUCUUCAGUCAUCUCAAGAAAGUCUUGGCACCAUAGGACAGAAUUUUAUGACGGGAUAUCAUUUGGUAUUCGAUAGAGAGAACUUGAAGCUGCGAUGGUCACGAUCUGAUUGUCAUCAUGAUCUUGACAACAGCAGGAGGAUGCCAUUGGGUUCACCACCACGUAACAGGCCUGAGAAUCCGUUGCCGACGAACGAACAACAUAGCUUUCCUAACAAUGCCCGUGCCAUUUCUCCUGCGGUUGCCGGGCGGGCUCUCCCUGCUAACUCAUCGUCUGUUUCCCAAGGGUUGAAUGCCUGGUACUGUCUGUUGUUGCUACUGACUCAACUCGCUGUAUUUGCCAUCGGGUGAUAGUCUUGGAUCUAAAAUACAUAAAUAGUGUUGUAAAUCUCGGUUCAUGGCUUUCCGUUAUCCAAUGUGUUUUUGUGGUCAUUGGAUUCUUGGGGCUGUUGUCCACUAUAUUCUCCAUUAAGUGUCUCUGUUAUCAAUUCACAUAUUGCCUGGUGGAUGAUACUAAUUCACAUGUUCACAUGAUGGGGUUGGGUAGUGAGAGAUGAAAAAUCCGAAAUCAAAUAGAGAAAUUUAUCAGAGAUUAAUAAUUAAAAUAAUAUAUCAGAAAUUAAUACAAUAUUUAAUAUUAUUUGAUAAAUCUUGUUUAUCUUCACAAAAAGUUAGUCCGGAUAUUAUGUCUUUUGAUAUUAUUGUUAUUGUUUGCACUUGUUAGUUUUAUUGGCAAAUUCUCACUGAUUUAGAUUAAUAGCUGAAGCAAUUGAAGUCACUGAGCGCCCGAUAAGUGGGCCGGACGGGCGUGUUCAACCGGAUGCGGCCCAGGAGCCCGUCUGAUUAAGCGGUGAAACUGUCUCCUUCUCCACAGCUACCGCGACUGCGGCGUUUUCCUUGGCGAAAGGCGGCAGCAGCGGUGGCAUCUUCCUCCGUCGAGCUCUUAUCGCUGCGGCGUUUUCCUCGGCAAACGGUGGAUGCUGCGGUUUCCUCUCCGUCGGCGAACGGUGACAGCGCCCGGAAUAUAGGAUGCUUGGUAGUGUCUAAACCCACCAACUACGAUAUAAAAAUAAGUGGAAGAUAGUGUCUGUGCUCUGGUGUUAUAUGAUGCCAGUAUUUCAGUGGUGGAGAAUUGCUCUGAUGUGAGCAUUUGAAUGAGUAACGAAUUAUAGGUACUCGUUAUCAACUCUCAAACACCAUUUAGAGACUUAUCUCUGGAAGAAUUGGCUGAUUGGAAUUGAAUGCAUGUGGAUUAACACAAGUGGUAUAGGAAUGCUGUCUGAGACAAAUGAUUAGUUGAAAGUUUUCAAUAUCCUUGAUUGGAGGCAGAAGUUGAAUUUGGACUUGGAGAGGGCAGAAAUAAGACUACUUUUCUUGUAUUUUUCUGCAAACAGUAGGUGAUACUGCCUCAAAAGACAAUGUUUUUCGUGCACAAGAGGCUCUUUUGCCUUCUCUCAUGUAACAAGUCCACCGUCCAUGUUUCUUCCUAUCAACUCUGCAGUCUGUUUAGCUUUUCCACUGCCGAAGAGCACAGUUCAAAUCAUGGAUCCAACUUUACGUUGGUCGACCCCCUUGAGUCAUGUGAACUUUCCUCAAAAGAGGCUGCAAAAAGGGCCAAGGAUCGCAUCUGUGAAAAAGAACUUUCAAGUUCAAGUCCUUCCAUUGAGUUCUUCAAGCAGAGCGGUUGGAGUGAUCCACUAGUCAUGAAGCUUUUGCAGAGGGAACCCAGGCUUCUACGUGCUAACGUAGAGACUAUCCUGAAGCCCAGGAUGAGAUCUUUGCAGGACAUGGGAUUUUCUGACACUGAAAUAGUUCAGCUGGUUUCAUCAUGUCCGUGUCUGCUCUAUUUACGUGAUAUCCAACCAAGGAUCGACUUCUGGAGGUCACUACUUGGUUCUAAUGAGAGAUUAAUUAAAGCCAGCAGGAGGAACAUGUUUCUCCUUACUUCUAGCGUGGCUCGAAAGGUUGAGCCCAAUAUAUCUCUCUUGAGGGAAUGUGGCAUCAGUGAGCAAUGCAUCACGCAGAUGGUGGUGGCAUUACCGAGUUUUUUUUGUCGAACGAACAAAUGUAUCGACGAAUCUAUCAAACAUGUUGAGGAGUUGGGUGUGUCACGUGACUGUAAAAUGUUCCCUGAUGCACUUUUAAAUGUCAUGACCCUGAGCUGGUCUAGGUUUCAUGCUACUUUUGCUACCCUGAUGAGCUUUGGGUGGUCCCAACCAGACAGCCUUGCUGCAUUCAGGAGGUAUCCAGUCAUUUGGAAUUACUCAAAGAAGAACUUAUGUGACAAGAUGACAUUCCUGAUGAAGGAAGCUGGUUGUGAGCUGACAUAUAUCAUUGGUCAUCCCGUGCUUCUUACAUAUAGCUUGGAGAAGAGGUUGAGACCUCGAUAUGAAGUUAUGAAUUUUCUUUAUCAGAAUAAAUUGCUGGAUAAAGGACAUGACCUGCUAUCUGUCAUCCUGCUCUCUGAAGAGAAGUUCAGAAACAAAUUCCUUUUCCUGCUAUGCAACGAGAAAUUUAUUGCUCUAUAUGAUACCUAUGUUGCUGCCGUGCAGGGAAAGCACCACGUUGUUGCGGAAAACUAGGAUUGCAAGUGUAAACCUAAUGCAUGCUGACCGAAACUUAAUCAUUUUACAUUUGUGACAAUUUAAAAUUCUCCUUGAGUUUCUUGAAGUAUAACUUCCAUGUUGA